AUGAGCACAACACCGGCCGUGGCUGCGACGUCUCUGUCGGAGCUCAACGAGCUCGCCGCCAAUCCGCCGCAGUAUCCUCACAAUCCCACCGAACGGCUGCGCGAGCCGCUCACUCUCUACAUAUCCCGUGUCCCGGGCACUCGAGACGUCAUCCUCUCCACCCUUAAGCCCCAGCGAAAAAACGUCACGGCCGAAGAUAUCGCCAACGCACUUUACUACAUUCACCUCGAUCUGCCCAGCGACAGCCUCCUCGUCUCGUCGACCUCCUCCGGCCGUGAAGCUAGCAAUUUCUCGCCGCGAUCCAGUUUCGACCAGCCACGCACUAGCUCCAUUCACCGCAAGCCGCUGCCCGCAAAGCUACCUCGUGACGAUGCACCUCUAUCACCGCUGCCAGGGCCAGAAACGAACGAGACUGUACCAGCUAGUCCAACACCCAGCCAGUCCACGAGUCAAUCCCUGUAUGAGCCACAGCCGCCGCCACUACCUCCUCGACCAGCUCCGUCGCAAGACGUGCCGCCCCUGCAACCACCUCGGCCUCCCCGCCAGCCUUGGGUCCCUCCCGGUUUUCGUCUGGACGAGGACCACCAGUUCGAGGCUGUCAAGGCCCCCGAGAUUGUCACCGCUGUCGAAGUCGCACAACCUUCCCCAUCGCCAGCUGUUCAGCUGAGACCACGUCCGUCCAUCUCGCGGAAACCCGUGGGCCCACGUACUGUCGGCAAUGGCAAUAGCAACCCGCAGGACGCCCGCCCCAUCGGCCUCAUAACUGCGACCUCCAACACCAGCCUCGCCUCCUACUCUUCCCAGACGACGAUAGAUACCCAGAAGCAGCAGCGACCGCUCUCUCCACUGUCUCCACGCUCGCCGGUCUUUGUUCCUUUCCAGCUCACCCUCAUCCGCCGCGACCCGUCCAGCAAUCAUCAGUGGAACAUCGGCAAGAUCUCUUCGCUGCAGGUGAUAGACCCGCCCGCAAGUAGCUUUGGGUCACCGGAUAGCCUCGAUGCCAGCGUCGCUGCCCGCGACCAAACCCAACAACAGCAGCAGCAGCAACAGCAGCCACAGGCCACGAUCAGCAUCCGUCUAGACUCGUCGGGCUAUGCCAAAUUUCGCGGUUUCCCCCGGCGCCGCAACGCCGAGACUGCGCCACGCGACAUGGCCGCAGUCCUGCAGGACUUGGCUCGCGAGGGCAGGCCCGAGCCCAGAGACGAGAGCGGGUUUUCGCGCCAGGUCGUCAUGUCCUACGGCAAGAGCUGGACGGCAAACCUGCGCAACGCCUUCCGCCGCCACGACCGGUCUUCCUCAGACACAACUGGGCUCGACGGCGACGCCGAACCGCAGCAGCAGCAGCAACAGCAGCAACAGCAGCAGAAACGGCAGCGCCCCGUGAGCCACAUGCCCACCAGCAAUACGGCCACAGUGGACGUACCACAGCCGCUGAUUACUCGACCGGGCCCGGGCCUCAAGCCGCGCGGCUACGUAUUCGCCAGCCCGUGGGGCGGCCAAUGUGAGUUCCGCACCGGAAACGGCGGUCGCAGCCUCAAGUGUCGUCACUACUUGCACAACGACGGCGGAGGCAGUGGCGGUGGAGAGGGCGGUGGUGGCGGCGGCCGCUCGGCUGGAUUCAACCCGCUGGUUCUCGCGCAGAACAUCCGUGACGGGCAGAGCAUGACGACGGCAGCUGUCAACGCUGCCGGAGGCCGGGCUACGGGGGGGUCCUUUACUGAUGUCAUUACCGGGGCUGCACCGGUCAGCGAGCUACGGUUUAACUUGCCGAACAGCGACGUGCUCCGGGGCGGCAAAGCUGAGGACGGCAGCGGUAGCAGCCGACCAGACUUGUACGGCUGGAGGUACCACCGACAGUCGACCUCGUCGGACGACGGCGACGCCGAUGACUACGAAGACGACGACGACGAGACCCUAGCUGUCGCGAUGGGUCGCGAGCCGGCCGGUGGUGGCAACCGUGGCAAACGGGCCAAGCUGGGCAAGCUCAUCAUCUACAACGAGGGCUUCAAGAUGCUCGACCUGAUAGUAGCCGCAAAUAUAGGUAUGUGGUGGGUGUCGUGGGACAAGAGCUUCUAG